AGCAUGACGUCGUGCAGUGACGUGGUUUCCGCCGUCCUCCUCUAGGUUGUGUUUACAGUCAGAUUUGGCGGGAGAGGAUUAGAUUAUCUGCUUUCGGUUCACAGCAGCGCGUUCGGUUGAGAGUUUUUGUGCGUCGAUGGCGGCGACCGCGUCUGCAGCUCCCGCGGAAUCGGAGUUGGACCGCAGCGGGGCUGAAGAAGAGCCCCGGGGCACCGAGCCGGAGGAAGACGCGGGGAGCGGGCAAACCGGGCCCACCGCGGGCGCACAGCAACACCGGCUCGCCAGGCUUCCGCUGUCCCGCAUUAAAACCCUGAUGAAAGCAGAUCCGGAUGUGACUCUGGCGAGUCAAGAGUCCGUGUUCAUCAUAGCUAAAGCUACGGAGCUUUUUGUUGAAAUGAUUGCGAAGGACGCUCUCGUUUAUGCACAACAGGGAAAGAGAAAAACCCUUCAACGCAAGGACUUGGACAAUGCUAUUGAAGCAAUAGACGAAUUUGCAUUUUUGGAAGGUAAGAGAUUUAAUGUUAUUUCCUGCUGGCAAAGCUCUAAAGGAGCGGGAGAAAGUUUUAUGGUUCAUUCUGAUUUCCUAUAUUUCGUUACUCCCUUCAAAGCCUCGUUUUCCAGGAAUGUCGAACUUAAAAACAAAAGAAAUUCUGCCACGGUGUCUGGCUAUGUGUGACCUAGCAGAACUUCAAUUCUAGGAAUUCAGAAACUUAAGACAGCUGGUUAAAACAUGAAUGUUUCAUAAAAGGCGGUCGGCUUUGGUGUUGAGAGUUUUAUUUGUUUGCUUUGGUUGUGAAUGACCAUUAGUAACUCAGACUGAAUCUACUGUAUCUGUCCUAAAUCCUAAAAACGUUUUUUUCAUUAGUUUUUGACUCUUCUAAA